AUGGAUACUCACCAGAAACGCGCAGCCAGUCCGACACAUGAGGAACAGGCGGUCGAACUCGAUGUCAUCCCAAGUCUCCGGCCGAAACGUCGCCGAGUGGCGUCCGCCUCUCCCCGAGAUGUAAAGGUUGAAGGUGGGAACCGACAGACACUGGACCAAAGCACGGAUCCGGGGACUACCCACGAGCCGCACGAUCAAGGUGACCAGGAUACUUCUGCGGUGGGCGAGGGUACGGGCGCUGGACGUGCACUGAAUCGCUCCGCCUCGUCAGCGGAGUUCUUGCGCGGCCAUAUAUUGGACGCGCUCAAGGACAAGGAGUUGGUCGACCAGCUGGCCGACUCGCUCGCCAAACGACUGGCGAGCAAGGGUUUCAACAACCUAGUGAAUAAGAUCACCGAAGAUAUCUCUGACUACUUUGAUCCAGCCUUCCGGCGACUCGACGACCUGGGUCACCGCAGCGAGGAGGCGGUUCGGAACCUCCGCAGCGAUCUGAGGGCCGACAACAACCGUCUCAGGCUGGCCCUCAGUGCUGGGCUCGUGUCGAACAUGAAGUCGGUGGACCGCCUCAUGCGUGAGGUGGUCACGGCAUUCGAAUGGGCGCAGGAGAAGAUCCAGGCGCUGGAGAUGGAGGUGGCGGAACUCAAGAAGAAGGACGAGACCGACAGCAGCUCUAGCGACGAAGACGACGACAAUUCUGUGGGUGGGAAGGAGAUUAACCUGCGCCCACCCAGCUGGCCGUGGCCCAACCUUUCUGCGCCAAUCGCAGCGGCCUCCUUUUCUGCCCACGAUUCGGAAAGUGAUUCGGACAAAUCCGGUAUCUCUAGCGACUUGGACGAUUCGGGAGCCGACAGCCUGGACUCGGGAACCGAAGACUCAGACUCAGACUCGGACUCGGACUCGGGAACCGAAGACUCAGACUCGGACUCAGACUCGGACUCGGACCACUCAAACGGCCCUUUCAGCUACUCUGACUGUGGCCUCGGAUCUACAGCCACACCAGGCCGCUGGACAUCGACACUUGUCAUGAAGAAGUCCCACUCCACAGGUCAGUGGAUCUGCUUCCUGCGAGGGUCUGGCCCAGCAGUGGAUCUGUCGCCUGCGAUGCCGGUAUGGGAGUCGGUGUCUGUGCGCUUCGUCCUGCGCGUCCUGCUGGGUCUCACGCAGCCCGGUUCCCGUUUUCCGGAAACAGGUAUGGUGGCUCGCGUCGCCCAUGUGUUUGUGUACAACGAUCCCCACGUCCCGCAAAUCAGCGACCUCAUCCGCGGCCAGACGUAUCAAGAACUUGAGCAGGGCGACGAGCUCCGCCUCCCUAUCGAAGCGCGGGUGGUAGGCGUGUGGAGAAGAGGCAGAUGGGACGUUUGGAGGCCACGGUGA